AUGACGACAUGCGGUGUUCCCUCGUCCCCAGGUUCCUCCGACCUGAGCCCGUUCCCGGGCCAGUUCGAGCGCCAGUUCCCCGGCCUGCCCCCCCUGGCCGAGACCCGCUUCUCCAGCCCGCGGAUGCACUACCCGGCCACCUUCACCUACACGCCGCCGGUCACCUCCGCCAUGUCGCUGGGCAGCGCCCACUACCACACCUACCUUCCCCCCCCCUACCCGGGCUCCACCCAGAGCCAGAGCGGACCCUUCCAGACCAGCAGCACGCCGUACCUCUACUACGGCGCCUCGUCCGGCUCCUACCAGUUCUCCAUGGUCCCCGGGGGGGACCGCUCGCCCUCCCGGAUGAUCCCGCCUUGCACUAGCGCCUCCACGGGCACCUCCCUGGUGAACCCCAACCUGCCCAGUCAGACGGAGGGGGGGGUGGAGGGCGACGGGAGCCACAGCAACUCCCCCACCGUCCUCAACCCCGGGGGCCGCAUGGACGAGGCCGUCUGGAGGCCGUAUUGA